AAAUUCUUUGCGCUCCAGACCGCGAUGUCCAACAAAUGCUUCUGUCAAGGCUGCGAUGGUCCUGAUUGUCCUAUGAGAGAGAGUCACGCCCUCUCCUCUCGAACUGCGCACUCAGAGUCAAACUCUAGCACGGGCUCUCAUAUUCCAGCGAGCGACAACCAAUCCUCAGGUCCCUCAUGGGCUCCGCAACGCCAAGUGCUUCCGCCUACCGUUCUGUCGAGCCACCAGAACGCUCAUGCUGAGGAGCAUAGCAACAUACAUAUCACGAGCCGUGAUACCCAUACCCUCUUCAACGACCAAAACCUUGGCAUGAUACCGUGUGCAGCGCAGGCAGCUUCGAUGCCGAUGAUGUUUAUCAAUAGCGCGAUAGCACCUACCAGUCCGGGUCUGAUUCCAUUCGGGUUGAUUCCUCCAGCGGGACAACCUUCUGUUCAUUAUGGCUCUUCAACCAUCGUGCCUAUUCCUCUUAUCCGGUAUCGACCCCCGCCAAGGAGACCCAUUUUCCAGGAGCGCUUCGUUUACUUCUCCCCGAAUGGUGUCGGAUACGUCAAUCUUGGCUCAUGUCUGUCCGGCAAUAUACCACCGGGACUACCCACAGACCCUCUCUUCCCUGGCCUGUCGAACGGCAGUCAUAAGCUGGCGUUGCGUUUCACAUGGCCUAUCCCACGGGCAGGGCCUCGUUACCGGCCUUUUUUCAAGCAAUUUGACAUCUCCAGGGGUACAACCGCCGAACAACUGGCCUGCAAGAUAGCGAGGCUCAUGAACGAGUUCAUCGAGGCCAAUCAGGAUCAUAACUAUGGAACCAACGACACUGAUGCUCAGUGGCGUGUCGGCCCUCAAUAUGGCGUCACCAUCAAUCAGAUCCUCCUUGUCGUCGCAAAACAAAUCACGAAGGGGAGCAUUGAACCGAUUUUGAAACUUCAGCGGUCGCUCCCGCACAUCUAAAGCGUAUUCGGCUUCAUUAUAAUUUCAGUCAUCGUAUGAUUUUGGCAAGAGGCUAGCGAUAUUUCGACAGACAAUUUUUUCAUUCACAACUUCGAACGUUCUACGCAUCACUUCUACGCGCGAUACACGAUGCUUGAUCAGGAAUGGUGUUCUCCCCAUCACGGAUUUUAGGAUUUGGGAAUGCUAUAUCUACCUCGUAUGUGCGCCAUACACGAUACUCGCACAGGCAUAUAUGUUGAUAUUUCGUAAACCUUUUCGAACGUUA